UACUCUCUCGACUUAUACACCAACAACCUCUCUCUGUUGUCUCUAAAUUCUUUUCCACCUCCAUCGCCAUUUUCAUCCGCAAUUCCAUUUUCUUGUUUUCAGAAAACAGACAACAACGUUUUGCAAGAGCAAUCGUAUCUCCAUAUUUCUCAGAAGAUCACAGAGAAGUAAGUCUGUUAUUUUCAUCUUGGUUUUAAUAUGGAAGACGACACACUACUGAGCUCAGAAGUUCCGGUUAAGAAGGCCGCUGAGGAUGCUGCUAGUAAUGCCGAGGUAACAAAUGGAAGCUUACCUCAAUUAGGAAAAGAGGGAAAGAAAGAAGAGGAAGAAACUGAUGGAGAAUUCAUAAAAGUUGAGAAGGAAUCUAUAGAUGAGAAGGAUGCGUCACAUACAGUUGUAAUAGCAUCUGCAGAGGAUAACAAGUCAUCUGCCAUUGAGAGAAGUUCAAGCAAUCAGAGCAGAGAAUUACUAGAAGCCCAAGAGAAGAUGAGAGAACUUGAGUUUGAAUUGGAAAGACUAGCUGGAACAUUAAAGCAUUCUGAAUCUGAGAACUCUCAGCUGAAGGAUGACAUCUCGCUGACAAAGGAGAAGUUGGCAGAAAGUGGAAAGAAGUAUGAAGAGCUUGAACUCAAUCACAAGAAACUGCAAGAGCAUAUUAUGGAAGCCGAGGAGAAAUACAGUGUGCAGCUAAACACACUGCAAGAUGCACUGCAAGCUCAAGAAACCAAAACCAAGGAGUUGACUGAGGUGACGGAGGCAUUUGAUGGUCUCAGCCUUGAGCUAGAAAGCUCAGGAAAGAGGAUAAAGGAGUUGGAGGAUGAGCUGCAAUGUUCUGCAGGUGAGUUGGAAAAGCUUGAGGAUUUGCAUAAACAAAGUGGAUCACAUGCUGAAUUGGAGACAAAGAAGGCCUUGGAAUUUGAGAGAUUGCUUGAAGUGGCAAAACUGAGUGCAAAAGAAGUCGAACAUCAAAUGGCUUCCCUACAAGAAGAACUCAAGGGCCUGUAUGACAAGAUUGCUGAAAAUCAGAAGGUUGAAGAAGCACUUAAAACUACAGCAACAGAGCUUUCUGCCAUCCAAGAGGAAUUGGUGCUUUCAAAGUCCCAAGUGCUGGACACGGAGCAGAGACUUUCUUCAAAAGAAGCUCUUAUAAAUGAACUGAGCCAGGAACUGGACUCGAGAAAGGCUGCAGAAUCUAAGGUGAAGGAGGAUAUCUCGUCACUUGAAAACCUUUUAGCCUCAACUAAAGAAGAUCUUCAAGUAAAGGCUUCUGAAUUGGAAGAAAUCAAGUGGAAACUGCAGGAGGAAGUGAACGCGAGGGGAUUGGUUGAGACUGCGUUAAAAACCCAGGAAGCACAAGUUUUAGUUGAACAUGAGGAAUUAGCUAAUGUGAUCAAAGAAAAAGAAGCUCUUGAAGCAGCUGUGGCAGAUAUUACUAGAAAUGCAAAGCAAAUGGCAGAGUUGCACAUCAAUCUGGAAGAAAAAUUGAGGCUUUCAGAUGAGAAUUUCUGUAAAACUGAUUCUCUUUUGUCUGAAGUUUUGUCAAAGAAUGCAGAACUUGAACAGAAGUUGAGGUCUCUGGAAGAUCUUCAUAAUGAAUCUGGAGCUGCCGCAGCAACUGCAACUCAAAAGAAUCUUGAGCUCGAGGAUAUAAUCCAGGCUUCAAAUGCAGCAGCAGAUGAGGCAAAAUCACAACUGAGAGAGUUUGAGACAAGAUUUAUAGCAGUAGAACAAAAGAAUGUGGAGCUUGAGCAACAGUUAAAAUUUGCAGAACUAAAAAGCAGUGAUGCUGAAAGAGAAUUGAAAGAACUUUCUGAGAAGAUAUCCGAAUUAAAUGCUACAUCGAGAGUGGUCGAGGAAGAAAAAGUUCAGCUGAAUGGCCAAAUGCAGGAAUACCAGGAAAAGAUAAACCAGCUGGAAUCAGCUCUAAACCAGUCCUCAAUCUUGAAUUCAGAGCUUGAGAAGGAGUUGAAGAUCACUGUGGGAAAAUGUGCUGAACAUGAGGAUCAAGCCAAUAUGAAACAUCAGCGCAGCCUUGAACUAGAAGAUUUGAUCCAGGUAUCUCAUUCCAAAAUGGAGGAUGCUGGUAAAAAGGUGAGUGAGUUAGAAUUGUUCCUCGAAACAGAGAAGUAUAGAAUUCUUGAACUUGAAGACCAGAUAAGCACAUUAGAAAAGAAAUGUGGGGAUGCAGAAACAGAUUCCAAGAAGUACUCUGACAAGGUAUCAGAACUUGCAUCAGAACUUGAGGCAUUCCAAGCUAGAGCAUCAAGCCUUGAAGUUGUAUUGCAGGAGGCCAAUGAAAAGGAAAGAGAGUUGACUGAGUCCUUGAAUAUAGCAACAGAUGAGAAAGGAAGGCUAGAAGAAGAAUCGAUCAGUUCUGGCAAGAAGCUUGCUGAAGCAGAAUAUCUAUUAGAGGUUUCAAGAAAUGAAUUGAAUCUGAUGCAAGAGAAGUUGGCAAGCAUUGAAAAUGAUCUUAAGGCUGCUGGAAUGAGAGAGAGUGAAGUUAUGGAGAAGCUUAAAUCUGCAGAGGAGCAACUAGAGCAACAUGGAAAAGUGAUAGAGCAAACUACUGCAAGAAACUCAGAGCUUGAACUUUUACAUGAAUCCCUAGCAAGGGAUUCUGAGAGUAAACUCCAGGAAGCUAUAUCAAACUUCACCAACAGGGAUUCUGAGGCGAAAUCUUUGUUUGAGAAAUUGAAGAUUCAUGAAGACCAAGUAAAGAUUUAUGAAGAGCAGGUAGCUGCAGCAGUAGGAAAAUCUGCAUCUUUGAAGGAAGAAUUGGAUCAGACUUUAUUGAAAUUGGCUUCUUUAGAAAGCAUAAAUGAAGAACUCAGAGGACAGAUUUUGACAGCUGAAAAUAAAGCUUCUCAAUCUUUCUCAGAGAAUGAGCUGGUAGUUGAGACCAAUAUUCAGCUUAAAAGCAAGAUUGAUGAACUUCAGGAAUUGCUAAACUCUGCUCUUUCAGAGAAGGAAGCCACUUCUCAACAACUUGUUUCUCACAUAAACACUGUUGCAGAGUUAACUGACCAGCACUCAAGAGACUCUGAACUACAGUCUGCAGCUGAGGAUCGCAUUGCGCAAGCAGAAAGACAGUUACAAGAAUCCAUUCACAGAUUCACUCGCAGAGAUUCAGAAGCCAAAGACCUGAUUGAGAAGCUAAGUACUCUAGAAAGCCAGAUAAAGUUGUAUGACGAACAGGCUCAACAAGCACGUACAACGGCUGAAGCUCGAGAAAUUGAGCUGGAACAGAAUCUCUCAAAAUUAAAGCAUCUGGAAAGCAUUGUUGAGGAACUACAAACCAAGUCAAGUGACUUUGAAAAAGAGAGCGGGGGGCUGGCUGAGGCAAAUAUGAAGCUUACUCAGGAAGUGGCCACGUACGAGUCCGAACUGAGCAAUUUACAGGCAAAACUGUCUGCAGCCCUUGCUGAGAAGGACAAAACAGUUGAAGAGCUUAACUCUUCAAAGAAUGCCAUAGAAGAUUUAGCACACCAGCUUGCUUCUGAAGGGCAGAAACUACAAUCUCAGAUAUCUUCUGUUAUGGAAGAGAACAACCUUCUUACUGAAACAUAUCAAAAUGGCAAGAAGGAACUUCAGACUGUGAUAUUGCAGCUUGAAGAACAGUUGAAGGAACAGAAUGCAAAACAAGAUGCUCUAAGAUCCGAGAUUGAAAAGCUCAAGGCUGAGCUUACUGAGAAAACUGUGUUGCAAACUCGUCUCACGGAACUUGAGGAACAAUUGGUGAAAAGCGAAGAUCGACUGAAACAAGAGGUUCAAAGCAUUCAGGUGGCUGCAGCUGAAAAAGAGACAGAAUUGCUUUCAAAAUUGGACGAUCAUGCUCAUAAAGUCCAUGAUAGAGAUCUCUUACAUGAAAAGGUGCUAGAACUUCAGAAAGAGUUACAACUUGCUCAGAACACCACUGCUGAACAGAAAGAAAAGGACUCUCAAAAGGAGUUGGAAAGCAAAGCAGCACAGAAGCAUUCUCUUGAAGAGCUUGAAGCAAAGAACCAAAAAAUCAUGCUUCUAGAGAAGGAAGUGAAAGAGCUUGAGGAGAAAUUGCAGCUAGCUGAUGCAACUCUUUCACAAAAGAGAGAUGGGGGCAGUCCAGGUGAACACAAGGAAGGAUUAGAGGUGAAAUCCAGGGACAUUGGAUCAACCAUUUCCACUCCAUCAAAAAGGAAGAGCAAAAGAAAGUCAGAAGCAACUUCUGUUCAAACCUCAUCUUCUUUGGAGACGCAUGCCCAAUCUGCCAAGGGUUCUCCUCUCAUGAGCGUUAAGUUCAUCCUCGGAGUAGCUCUGGUCUCUGUGAUCAUUGGCGUAAUUCUUGGGAAGCGAUAUUAGUUUAGUAUUGUGGAUUUUGGUUUUGAUCUUCUUUUUGUGAAGUUUUUUUGCUCUUGCUUUUCCUUUUCCUUUCAAUAUAAAUUAUGCAAAGCAGGUUUGAAAGUUUUGUUUAUAUGCUUUCAAGCUUAGGUCUUGAGGUUGGUCAGGGAAUUUGUUUUCAUUUUUAUCCCCCUUGUCCAUAAGCAAAACAAAAUUACAGUUGAUGUAUUAUUCAAGUUUGUAUUUAAUUUGUUAAUUGGAUAGGAAGGAGAUGCUUCCAAUUUCUUGGCUUUA